AUGAAUUCUACACUCCUUGGGGGCAUCACUAACUGGCCGCUUUCAUUCCAGCCGUCUAUGGACAUUAUCCAACCCACAUCGUGGCUGAUAUUGAGCUUGGGUCUGCUAUUUGCUAUCGCAAACUUCAAAUCACUUCCCGGAGUUUGGACAUGGCGGGUUUUGUCAACGUUCAACAUCAGCUUCAAGGCCCAAUUGCGACAGACGAUUCGAUCUCCUUCGGCGGACAAUGUGAUGCGGAAAGUCGCCGUCAACGCAAAACCGAGCGAGUCAAGCUCCAUUUUGGAACACCCACUGUUCAUACCGUCAGUCUACUCGACUCACGUCCCGCUUGCCGAGAUGGACUUCAACCUACACAAGUCCAAUUCGACCUACUUUACCGACCUAGACAUCGCCCGAAGCAAGCUCAUAGGUCGUAUACUAGCGCCAGCCUGGCCUAUGGACAACAUGUUCAUCGAGUACACGGGGAGAGACGGUACGCCGAGACGUGAGAGGGUAAAGGGAUCUCCAGCGAUCAUUCUGGGUGCCACCUACACCUCCUUCAAGCGUGAGAUGAGCGCGUACACCAAAUAUAAUGUCAAAUCUCGCGUGCUCGGAUGGGACUCGCGGUGGCUUUACAUCGGCUCUUGGUUUAUUGGCAGGAAAGGGAAGAGACUACAUGCCUGCAGCCUGUCCAAGUACAUCUUAAAGAAGGGUCGUAUCACUGUGAGACCUGAACUAUUCCUUGCCGAAGCGGGAUGGAUACCGGCUCGACAGGAUCCCCUGGCAGUAGACAAGGUCAACACUGCCAUCGGAGCUGCCGAGAGCUGGGGAUGGGACGAGAUCGAGGCACACAGACAACAGGGCAUGGCCAUUGUCAAUGGCUGGGCGGAUACAGACCUGCGGCUAGAAAAGGGUUAUGGGCAUUCUUUGAACUAG